AUGAAUACUAAGAAUAAACGAAGAAAUAAUGAGGUGGCAAUGCAAUUGGGAGAUCCAUUACCUCUACCGUACAAGAUUGACAGAAAUGUACAAAUUAAAGAAGAGGAAGACACAGCAGUUGAGACUAGACAUAACUCAAGACUGUUCCACGAGCCUAUACCUCUUAAUAGGAAGGUCAGUUCUUCUCAAAAGGAAGAUAUAUAUCUACCAGAGAAUUUGAAAACUAGAGCAAAAACAAUAAAUCUUGCAAAGCCAAGGCCUGUUCCAAUACUGAGAAAUUACUUGAAUUCGAGAGUAGUUUCAAAUGAUCAUAUCUUGCCAAAACUAUAUGAUACGGAAGAACAAUUACAAUCUGUGGAAUCAAUAGCUGAAAAAUUAGAUAGGAUAAGGAAGCUAAUUGCUUACAGACAAGUCAAUAUAGAUUGCGAGGACUUCCAGAGAUUUGAUGGUGAAUUAUCGAGUCUCCUUAAAGAUCACCAUGAAUUUGACGAAAUAGAGGCAAACGAACAAUUACAACCACUGCAUGAACCCACCGUGUUAGAAGAGUUAGAAAAUCUACAACGAAUAACUAGACCAGACUAUACCAUACGUUAUAUCGUAAUUAUUACUAGCAUCAUUUUAUUCUUAAUAUCAUCAUUUGUUGUGUCAGGGUUGAAUUACGAAUACUGUUAUUAUUUUUGUUAA